AUGAAAUUUUAUAAAUAUAAAAUGACAUGCAUGUUUGGAAUGGAUUAUAGAUCAUUGGCAUUGUUCCGUGUUGCAAUGGCACUUUGUAUUAUCGGUGACCUCAUUGAGCGUGCCACUGAUCUUAGAGUGAUGUAUACUGAUUAUGGUGUUUUCCCACGUCAUUUAAUCACAGAGCGUUAUAUGAGUAAUUACUUUUUUGUAAUUCAUUUAAUGAAUACAUCAUUCCAUUUCCAAGCAUUCCUCUUUACACUUCAUGGUGUAUUUGCAUUUUUAAUGCUAAUUGGCUAUCGUACAAGAACAAUGGCUGCUUUAUCUUGGUUUAUGACUAUAUCAUUACAAGCUUACAAUGGUAUUGUUGGCCAUGGUGGUGACGUUUUCUUCCGUAUGAUGUUAUUUAUAAAUAUCUUUUUACCAAGUUCAGAGUUUUUCUCAGUUGACAAAGCAACUUUUUUCAACGAUUAUCAUUUAACAAAACAAAUAAAUCACUAUAAUCCAAAUAGUUAUCGUGUUGUAUCUUUUGCCACAGUUGCAAUUCUUUUACAAAUGGGUUUAAUGUAUGUCACAUCAUAUUUCUACAAAACUGGUGAAGAAUGGCACAAUGGUGAAUCAACUUUUUAUGCUCUUACUUUAGAUUAUUUUGCAACUGAUAUUGCCAAAGUAUUUUUAAAUUUCCGUGGUACUUUAAGAGUUUUAACUCUUGCUGUAGCAAAAUGGGAAUUAUUUGGUAUAUUUUUUAUGGUUUCACCAAUUUUUACAGAUUGGUUAAGAUUAUUUGGUGCAAUUGGAUUUAUUGCAAUGCAUGCAGGUUUUAUUAUGUGUCUUAGAUUAGGUUUCUUCUUUUUCUGUACUGCUGGUGCACAAUUAAUUAAUAUUCCAACACCAGCUUGGGAAUUAUUCUUUGAUUGGGCUGAAAAGAAAAUACUAAAAGGUCAAAAACCAACUCGUGUCUAUUAUAAUACCUCAAGUCCACUUAGUCAAAGAAUUGCAUUAGCUCUUAAAACAUUCUUUAUUAUCCCAGGUACUGCAGUUUUUUCACCAUUAGACAGUUAUAAUAAUCAAGAGAUUUCAAUGGAUUCAUAUUCAGUUAAUACAGCAAAUACUAAUAAUAACGAUAACUCUAUUUAUUCAUUAUCAUCACCACCACAUCAACAAUUAAAUGAAGAUACCACUACUGUUUAUAAAAGUAAAGAAUUACUUGGUGAUGAUUGGUUAGUUACAAUUGAUUCAAAUGGGUUAAGAAAGAGAAAUUGUCAUGCACUUAAUUUCAUUAUCAGUAAAUCACCAUUACUUUUCCCAUUUGCAAUGUUAUUCAAUAAGGUUCCACAAAAUGUAAUCGAUGCUUUUAGUUAUGUUAUGCAAAGACUCCAUGGUAAUACCCAACAAAAACAAAUGCUCUCUGGUAAGAAAUCACUCUAUCAAAAGAAAAGAAAUCCAGCACCACCAGCAUCAAAUUUCUCAAAGGUUUCAAUUAAUUUAUGGAUGGGUUUUGUUUGUUGGUUCAUUUUAGCCUAUAAUUGUAAAGUAUUUAACAUCAAUCUUGGUUAUCACCAUGACUAUAACCAAAUCGCAUAUUUAUUCCGUUUCGAUCAAAGUUGGAAUAUGUUUAGUCCAGCACCACCAAAAGUACAUUGGUGGCAUGUUAUCCACGGUAAACUAGAUGAUGGAACCGAUGUAGAACUCUUUAAAGAUGAGGGUCUCUUCAAAUUCGAUAUUAAUACUGUUGUAAACUUUGACAAACCAAAUCCAUUCUAUAAAUCAUACCGUAACCAUCGUUGGUUCAAGUACUGGGAAAAUGGUUUCAAUCAAGCAAACUCUGAUCCAUUAAGAUUAGAAAUGGGUCGUUACAUUUGCAGAGAAUUUAACUCUAAAAACUUUAAUGAAAAGAAAUUAUAUACUUUUUCAAUUUACUUUGUACACGAAUUCCAACACUUAAAUGGUACAGUUUCACCAUCACAACAUUACUCUUUAUGGAAUCAUAUUUGUUAUGAUAAACCUGAAAAAAAAUGAACCGAGGCCAGUGGUGAUAAAAAAAGUAACAAAACUAAAAAAAUUAAAACAAAUAAAACAGUAAAUAAAAUCGAAUAAACUAAAAUAAAAAAAUAAUAAAUUUUAUUUAUUUUAUUCAC